AUGCAGACAAAGACUUACAACUUCAUAUGUAUUGUAACGUUUGUUAUCCUUACUUUCCUCGUCAAUGACUCAUCAACAGCAACAUCUCAAAACGGUAACUCUACAACUUCUUGUAACGAAACAUGUGGGGGAGUCUCGAUCCCAUGGCCUUUUGGAAUCGGCGGGAAGGAUUGCUAUCUCAACAACUGGUACAAGGUUGUCUGCAACACAACUACUUCCGGAACAACUGUCCCGUUUCUCUCACGGAUCAAUACUGAAGUGGUCAACGUCUCUCUUCCAGAUGGAUCCCGAGAUAAACCAUACGGUAUAGUUCUCAUCAAAGGUCCUUUGACUUCAUUAGAUUGUUCUAAUAACACUAGUCAAGGACUCCAAAAGUCACUACCAGAUUUGAACGUCACAGGCAAGGGAAGUCCAUACUUCAUCACAGACAAUAACCGCCUUGUGGCUAUUGGCUGCGAUACAAAGGCGUUGAUGACUGAUAUAGACUCAGAGACAUUGGGUUGCGAAACAAGCUGCAAAGAAAGCUUGAGUAGUCAGCAAGUAACUGACUCAAUCUGUGACGGCUACAAAUGCUGCCAGACGAGAAUACCGUUGGAGCGUCCACAAGUUAUAGGUGUGAAUAUAGAUGUCACAAGAGGAGAAGGCUGCAGAGUUGCCUUCUUGACUGACAAAAGAUACUCACCAUCAAAUGUUACUGCGCCAGAACAAUUCCAUGGUGGUGGCUACGCGGUGGUGGAGCUAGGUUGGUACUUUGAUACUUCGGAUUCUAAGUUUAGAAACAACCCCUUAGGUUGCAGAAACUUGACUCAUUACAACUCUUACGACUCUGACACAAGAUGUCUUUGUGAGUAUGGUUACUUCAACGAGAUUAGUUAUAGGAACUGCCAUUGCCUUAUUGGCUUCAAAGGGAAUCCAUAUCUUAGAGGAGGUUGCGUAGAAGCUGAUAUGUGCAAAGAACCUGGUGUGUGUGAAGAAGGGAAUAUUUGUGAGAACGCGCGUGGAUCAAUGUACACGUGCAAGCCCAAGCCCAAGCCCAAGGCCGAGGUAACUAAGCAGGGAAAGUCCUUCGUUCUAGAAGGGGUUCUAAUAGGUCUGUUGGGACUUAUGUUUUUAGUUGGUGUGAUCUUCUGGUUGUUCAUAUUUAUAAGGAAGCGAAGGAGGAUCAUACGUGGCAGGAAGUUCUUUAAACGUAAUGGAGGCUUGUUGUUGAAACAACAACUAACUACUACAAAUGAAGGAAAUGUAGAGAUGUCAAGGAUCUUUACCUCAAAAGAAUUGAAGAAAGCUACUGAUAACUUCAGCGUGAAGAGGGUGCUUGGACAAGGAGGUCAAGGAACUGUGUACAAAGGAAUGCUGGUGGAUGGGAGGAUUGUUGCGGUUAAAAGAUCAAAACUUGUGGAUGAAGACAAGAUGCAAGAGUUUAUCAAUGAAGUAGCACUUCUCUCACAGAUAAACCAUAGGAACAUUGUGAAGCUCUUGGGAUGUUGCUUGGAGACAGAAGUACCAAUCUUGGUUUACGAAUAUAUACCCAAUGGAGAUCUGUUCAAGCGUCUUCAUGAUGAUUCAGAUGAUUACAACAUGACUUGGGACGUACGUCUUCGCAUAGCUGUGGAGAUUGCAGGAGCACUUUCAUAUAUGCACUCAGCUGCAUCGUUUCCAAUAUACCAUAGAGAUAUCAAGGCAACUAAUAUACUCUUAGAUGAGAAGUACAGAGCUAAAGUGUCUGAUUUUGGAACUUCAAGAUCAGUAACCGUAGACCAAACUCACUUGACAACAUUAGUUGCAGGGACUUUUGGGUAUAUGGAUCCUGAGUACUUCUUAUCAAGCCAGUAUACUGACAAGAGCGAUGUUUAUAGUUUUGGGGUUGUCUUGGUGGAGCUCAUAACUGGAGAAAAACCACUAUGUCGUGUCCGGUCUGAAGAGGGAAGAGGAUUGGCAGCUCAUUUCCUUGAGGCCAUGAAAGAAAACAGAGUGUUUGACAUCAUUGAUGAUCGGAUCAACGAUGAAAGCAAGAUGGACCAAGUGAUGGCAGUCGCAACACUUGCUGAAAGGUGUCUAAGCCGGAAAGGAAGGAAGCGACCAAACAUGAGAGAGGUUUCGAUUGAGCUGGACAGGAUCCGUUCAUCACUUGAAGAUUUAGAUGUCCAUGUUGAAAACGUUGAUUAAUAGGAACAAGCAACUCAUGGAAAUUUUAAUUGAUUUGAACUGCUUAAAGAUGAUUCAUGAUUCAGUGAGUUGCUAGAGUUAUAGUAUGUGUUACUAACUGUUAUUGGAUUCUUUGACUAGUCUUAAUGGACUAUACUUAUCUAGUUAUCUGUUUC